CUCGUAUGUGGGGGUGACUAAAGGCGUGAUGGGGCGAGGGCAGAGCCCCAUGGAACUCGGCUAGGUGCGUUUGUCCGGCUGCCCGGCCCCUCUGCUCAUCAGCCGAAUCCGGCCGCCGCAUGGAGCCGGAUAAGGAGAAAUGCCACAGGCCAAAGGCCUUUGACAAGAUGGAGGGGCUGGUGCGGGAGAUGCAGGACGCCGAGAACGGGGUGCCGGUAAGAAGUCAGAAACUCUUCCUAACAUCUAUCCCUUCGGCCUUCAUGGGUAAGAGUCACCAAGCUCAUCAUAGACUUCACCUAGGUUACGACUUAAUUGAAUGGCUCAUGGAGAGACUCAGCAUUGAAGAAUCUGAGGCUCUGAACUUGGCCAAUCAAUUAUGUCAGUACGGCUACUUCUUUCCCGUCAGCGACUCGAAGAACCUCGUCGUCAAAGAUGAUAGCUCUCUCUACCGCUUCCAGUCCCCGUAUUAUUGGCCCUACGCGAACAAAGCCCCCGACAACAUCGACUACGCCGUUUACCUUUCGAAACGUUCGAUGCGCAACAAGCAAAGACACGCCUUGGACGACCACGAGCUGGAGACACUGGGCAAUCUGCGAAAGAAUCUCGCAAACAAAUGGGAUUUCAUCACUAUUCAAGCUGAGGAACAGGUAAAGUUGGGAAAGGUACUGAAGAAGGGCGAAAAGAUCAUCAGCGACUCUCAGGAGAGGGCGUACUGGCGCAUCCAUCGGCCGCCUCCAGGACAGAUCAGCUCGUUGGAGCAGUGUCCAGUUCCGCCGCGAAGCCGCAACGGAAAUCGGACCAAGAAACGCACCGUCGAGGAUGGAAAACGAGAGGUGGAUAUAUUGAAAGCCAGUUUAUCGAGGACCCGCGUCAAGGUGUCGCAGGCUCUGGAGAGUAUGGUUCAGUACGUGGAAACGUAUUCCGAGUACGAUCCGAUCAUCUCCGGAACUCAGCCUUCAAAUCCUUGGGUCAGCGAGGACCUCACCUACUGGCAACUCAACAGUCCACUCGUCGAAAUUCCGACGGAGAAGCGCGUCAAGCGAUGGGGUCUGUCCAUGGAGGAGCUCGUAUCUGAUCCGACCGGUCUGCAGGAGUUCACCAACUAUCUGCGAAAGGAAUACAGCCACGAGAACAUCCGUUUCUGGAUGGCCGUGAACGAUCUCAGGAGGUCCGCCCAGUCUCAGAUACAACGAAAAGUGAACGAGAUAUUCGAAGAGUUUCUGGCUCCAGGUGCACCCUGCGAGAUCAACAUUGAUGGCAAGACAAUGGAACGCGUUCACCAGGAGAUGAGGAGUCCCAGCCGAUUUACGUUCGACUCGGCCCAAGAUCACGUCUACACCUUACUGCUGAAAAAGGAUUGCUAUCCGAGAUUCAUACGAUCCGAACACUACAAGAAUCUCCUCGCAGUCGGAAUACAACCGACGACGAAGAAACGAUUCUUCGGAUUUGGCCAGCAAAAGAAGAAGACCUCGACGAGCAGCGCUCCAAAUCCGGCACUGCUGCAGCAGCAGCAGCAAUCAUCGCAGCCGUGCGGUAUCAGCACCGGGGCCCUUUCGAAGCGCCGGGGCAGCGACCGAAGUCUUUCCGGUUCCGCCCACGAACUGGCAGUUUCCGGUGUACGGGGAGGCGACAAUCGGGUACCUCACUCCCAUUCGCAGAGCAAUCUGAGCGACAUCCCCUACAGGGGCGACCUACCUGGCAAGUCCAGGACAUCCACGACUGCCAUGACUCAUUCACCGGUGAAGAAGCCCGGUAUUGCUGUGACAUCCGGAGCGUCGACUUCGGAGGACGUUUGUCCAUGGGAGGCGCACGGUCCGGAGCCGAGGUCCAGGAAGAACUCGACCCAAAUGGACUCGGGCAGUUCUGCCUCGGACAUCUGCGUUGCCGUUCAGGUGGCCGCCGAGGUGACGGAUCCCAAGGUGAAGAAGGCAGGACAUCUGCCGCAGCAAAGCACGAUGGACGGCGGCAAGAGCAGCAGGAAGUUGUCCGCGGUGUGUUGCAUAGAGCCGAGAAGAGCAUCGGUGUCCGUACCGAUUGACAGGAAGAUCUUCGAGGAGGUGUCGAAGGUGCCGACGCCGACACCGGCGCCGACGCCAACGCCACCGGUUCCCAACAAAAGUGAUGUUGACAAUAAGAGUGAGGAGAUUUGCAGAACAUUCAGGAAGAGCCUCUCGGUGGCCGGCGCCGCGAACGCUCCGACCAUCAGUGUUAGUUCCGCGACGGACGAUGGCGACGUUCUGCAGGAGGCAGGUGCAGACGUCGUCGACCCCAAAGUUGACGGCGCCGAAGACGAGAAGCCCAUGGAAGAGCGGCUGUCCGCGGCGAUGGUAGAGGAGGAGGAGGACGAGGAACAGGAUCAUAAGCGGAGGACGGAGCCGGAGGUCGUCAUCAGCCGUUUAGCAUUGGCGCCGCUCGCCGAACCGGACAGCGAGUCUCCCAUCAGCGAACUUCCGCCGGAGCCUAACUUCCUAUCGGAAGAGGCCAAGAGCAACGACGUUUGCCCCUGGGAGGACGAGGAAACAAAGUGCAAUGUGGAUGGUUCCUUUAGGAAGACUUAUACCACUCUCGGGUUUCUAUAAGCAAAAGCAAAUGAACAAACA